AGAUUUCUAGGCUAGCAGAUGCUAGCACUGCAACCAAACAACCCAGUAUGCAGUGGACUCUUCAGACCACCAAACAAAUCAAACAGGCACAGGAGGUAGCGAAAUUUAUUACACUGGCUGAUGACUGCACGCUUAAUGUUUCAGUUCAAGACAAAGUAAAACAUGCACUUGAUGCCUAGACUACUAUCACAGUACAAUGUAAUAAUUUAUAUCGCAAAACCAUGUUUCAUUAAUGUUAUAAUUAGAGUUAUAACACCACACAACUCCAGGUCUUCCACAGGUGUCUGUGAACAUGAUCCAAUCUUGAUUAGGUCACUGAGAGAGGAAACUCACAUGAGGCUUCCAAACACAACUCACAGUUGGCUGUUUGUCACUCAUACAUCUUUCAUGAGAACCUCCUGUAUAUAUCUCAUCCACAGCAAAUGGGUUUGGGCAUAAUAUUGUAUUACCUACUUAGUUGAGCACAGAGAUUUCAAUUACAUUAUUCAUUGAGCUCUUUUAUUAUGAAUUUAUUUACUGGUGACACCCAUACAAUAAAUGCCUGCAAGCAGAUUGGUUUACAUUCAUAAAUCUAACCCAUUAAUCAACAACAAUGACACAUAUAUUUUGGCUAUAAGCAUGUUUUGACAAAUGAAUGUCUCCAUACCUCAUAAAUUCACAACUAUAUAUGUAGGCAUGCCAUGUGCCUUGAGAAGCAUGGCAUAAAUUUGACAAAGAAGUGCUGUAGGUCAGGUUCUCCAUUCGACAAAUUACUUACUGAAAUUUAGUGCAGUCGUCCUCAACCAUUACCUUAGCUGUUGCACCUGCCACCCUACCUCGUCAUCCCAUCAUAUUUCAGCUCUUCGCUCGAUUUGUGUGUGUGUGUGUGUGUGUGUCUGUGCUUAAACGCCCCCCGCCCACGUAUCUCACCAAACCUUUACAGAAGCGCCACCCAAGAGCAUGAUGGGUGUUUGAAGAGAAGCCCUUGGCAUCGCAUCAGAAAUUAGCCUGAGAAUUCGCCUGGGUUCUCCCAAUACUCUCUCCAAUUCUCCUCCCCGCCCACACAUGACAGCUGAAAAAAGGGAAAGAGAGAAAGAUAGCUUAGGUGUGUGUGUGUAUGUAUGAGUGCGCGCGUUGUCGAGCAGGGUGUGAGUGCGUCCAGCGUCUAUAAUACCUCCAUUGACACACUGGGAGGUGGAUAUAACAGAGGAUCAUAAUCAUAUCAUUUAAUUGCACACCCUACGCGAAGAGGCGUAGAGACGGCGGGAGAAGCUGCUUUUUGGCAAUAAGGAGAGACAGGAACAGGAGCUUUUUGAAAUCGAAGAAAAUAUGCCAGCAUUUUGACGCGAAAAGCCGCAAGCUACCUCGUAGAGAUAACAGAACAUUUUGCUUAUUGAAAUCAACGUGUUUGAAAGAUUCACAGGAGUACCGAUAUUGGCGUUUUCUGAUUGUUUUGUUUAUUUAUCUUAAGCAGAGAGGGGGGAGCCGUGUUCAACAACAAUUCUUUGUUUUAACGUUAGUACUGAAAUAAGGCAAGACAAAGCGUGAAUUGUGGGAGAAUUUGGAUAUCUCUUUGUUAAAAGAACCAUCAUCAUCAACAACAAAACGAGUCUAAGAUUGAGAAUUAAUGUGCGUGUUUUUGGACACGCACACUCUAUCCGAACCCAGACCCAAAGCAAACUCCUCCUCCCUCCUCCCCCCUCCGUUUUUUCUCCUCCUCUCCCUCCCCCCGUUCCUCUAUGCUCAGUUCGGUGUGUGUCUCCUCUUUCAAAGGGCGCAAGGGUGGGAACAAGUCGGCCAACAAAGCAUGUUACAGCGCAGACAUGCCUUGUCCGUCGGAAAGCGAGAAAAUUGUGAUAAACUGCGGGGGGGUUCGACACGAGACUUACCGCAGCACCUUGAAAACGCUGCCCGGCACCCGCCUGUCAUGGUUGACGGAACCAGACGCAUUUAGCAACUUUGAUUACGACCCCAAAUCCGACGAGUUCUUCUUCGAUCGCCAUCCGUCCGUCUUCUCUUUCAUCCUUAACUAUUACCGGACGGGAAAGUUGCACUGUCCCAACGAUGUGUGCGGUCCGCUGUUCGAGGAGGAGCUCGCCUUCUGGGGCAUCGACGAGACGGAUGUGGAGGCUUGCUGCUGGAUGAACUACCGACAGCAUCGGGACGCGGAGGAGGCGUUGGACAGCUUCGAGAACCCCGAGCCGGACGCACAGGAAGAUGACCCAGCGCUCACGGGAGGCGCGGACGGAGACCUGAAGAGACUUUGUCUGCAAGAGGAUGGGAGGAAGGUGGGCUGGUGGCGCGUAUGGCAGCCUAGAAUCUGGAACCUGUUUGAGGACCCCUAUUCGUCCAAAUAUGCGCGGUAUGUGGCGUUCCUCUCGCUCUUCUUCAUCCUCGUCUCCAUCUCCACCUUCUGCAUGGAGACCCACGAGGCCUUCAACACCAUCUACAACCGCACAGAGAACGUGACUGUGGGCAACACCACCCAGGAGGAGGUGGUGUACGAGGUGGUGACCGACAGCUGGCUGACCUACGUUGAGGGCGUUUGCGUCAUCUGGUUCACCAUCGAGGUGAUCACGCGUGUGUUCUUCUGCCCGGACAAGGCAGAGUUUUUCAAGAGCUCGCUGAACAUCAUUGACUUUGUGGCCAUCCUGCCCUUCUACCUGGAGGUGGGCCUGAGUGGCCUCUCCUCCAAGGCCGCCAAGGACGUGCUGGGCUUCCUGCGUGUGGUGCGUUUCGUGCGAAUCCUGCGUAUCUUUAAGCUGACGCGCCACUUCGUGGGGCUGCGCGUGCUGGGCCACACGCUCCGCGCCAGCACCAACGAGUUCCUCCUGCUCAUCAUCUUCCUCGCGCUGGGCGUGCUCAUCUUCGCCACCAUGAUCUACUACGCCGAGCGCAUCGGCGCCGACCCUGCCGACCCCACCGCCAGCGCCCACACCAACUUCAAGAACAUCCCCAUCGGCUUCUGGUGGGCCGUGGUCACCAUGACCACGCUGGGCUACGGGGACAUGUACCCAGAGACGUGGUCGGGGAUGCUGGUGGGCGCUCUCUGCGCCCUGGCAGGCGUGUUGACCAUCGCCAUGCCUGUGCCCGUCAUCGUCAACAACUUCGGCAUGUACUACUCGUUGGCCAUGGCCAAGCAGAAGCUGCCCAAGAAGAAGAACAAACACAUUCCACGGGCACCCCAGCCAGGCUCGCCCAACUACUGUAAGCCGGACGCGCUCGCCAUGGCUACCGCCUCGCCCCAGAGAAUCUUGGGUAACGUGCUGGGCGGCGUGAUGGGCUCAGGGGGCUCACUGGGGCUCACUGGGGACUGUCCACUCGCACAGGAGGAGAUCAUCGAAAUAAACCGAGACUCCAAGCAGAACGGCGACGCGGCAAACGCGGCCCUGGCCAACGAGGACUGCCCCACCAUUGACCAGGUGCUGAGCCCCGAGGAGCGCAGCCCGGCUGGCCGCACCCGCGAUGUCUACCCGCAGGACCGCGCCUGCUUCCUGCUGAACACGCGCGAGUUCCGCACCACUGACACAAACGUGAGGAAAGGUUGUGUCAUAUCACGCGUUUGUAUGUGGGCUUCUUCAUUCCUACCUAUUACACUGUGUCUGUCUCUGUCCUCUCUGAAGCUGUGUGCGAGUGUCGUGUUCGUGGUGUUCGUGACGUUGCUUACUGUGUUCCCUACUCGUGUGGCUAUCUCUCAAUCUCCCACUAUCUCACUCGCUAUCUCUAUCGCUCUCUCCCUUUCUCUCUCUCUCUCUCUCUCUCUCUCUCUUUCUUUCUGCCCUGGUGACAUUUGACCCUGAAGGACUGUUGAGCGCACACACACGUCGCACUCUGUUGUACACCCGCACGUUAGCGAAAACCCUUAGCCAAAAACUGCUGUUGUGGUUUUACACACACAGAAAUGCAGUAAUAAUAUACGUGCACCAGUGCUGUGCACCAUAGAGAGUGUGCAGUGGAGUGGGUGCGACGUUGUGCUUUCGACUGUCGCUCCCGGGGUCAAAGUUCAGUAGGGGUCAGCGAAGCCCUUGAGGACGCGCGAAUAGUACUCCCUGAUCUGUGCCAAAUCCGCCGACAGCAGCGGCGGGCGAUUCACGUCGUCUGCGUUAUGUUUCUGUCCUGCCAGUAGCCUCGCAGAGCGAGGGGGCACAAAUCCCUCUCCAGCACGCUCAGCGACGCUCCACACUCCUUGCUCCAUUAGGCAGUGACCCACGGGGCGAGAGAGAGAGAGAGCGAGAGUGAGAAAGAGAGUCUGCAUCGCAAAACACAUGAAUUAUUCUCCUGUGCACAACUGCUUACAUGAAAAUUGCUUUGUGUGUGUGUCUUUGUGUGGCAUAAUUACGGAGUACUAUUCGCCCGACCUCCGAACAAUGUGCUUUCUGUGCUUAUUAUAGCCCAAAGAUUAUGGGUCUCCUGUAUUUGUUUUUGUGUAUGUGUAUAUCUAUAUCUAUAUAUUUCUGUAUGUGAGCAAAACUCUGACACACUGACCGACACGUUGACAGACCUUUGGACGUACUCAUUGACUGAUUGACAGACAACCUCUGGCUGGGGGAAGGUAAGCCAGCCUUGCGCAGAAGUAUCCCUCCCCAAGGAUGCUUGGAACGGCUUCGGUUUGCCCUUACCAAGGUCUUUUGGAACAAAAUCACUCUCCCUGUCCUGCUUCAAAACAAAAACGAGGGGCUUGAGUUGAGGCAGGGGAAAAAAGUAUCCCUAAAAAAGCUCCUUCUCCAAUCUGAUCGUGCCUUGUUGUGAGCCACUUGAGGGUAUUUCCUGUCAGAGAAUUGGGCCCUUGCCCGCCCAGUGACCCAGCUCUGCCUUGCCUCUAACCUCAGUUUGGCAGACGCCCACUCCGCCUGGCACACUAGGCCUACUGAUAGUGAUACCAUCCGUCUGAGGCCCUGGGCCUACCAAAAGGAAAUUAUGGGAGUCAGGUGGGUUAUGGGGGGCAUCACUCACUUUUAGCUUCUUCUACCCCUCCAUGCUUCCUAACCCACCCACCCCAUCACCACCACCACCACCCUUGGGGCAUUGCACCACCACUAUCCCAGUCAGCCAGCUGCCCCAGUGGUGGUGUGCUGAACUCACCACCUCUGGGUGGAGGGGAGGCUGACUGGUGUGACUGCAUGGGCAGAGUUGAAGGGCACGGCCUCCCUCGCCCCCCUCGUGAGUUUUAAAGUGGGACCUGACCGUGCCAGUCUCCCUCUCUCUUCUGGCGCCAUGUGGCUCUGAGCUGAGCUCUCUCGCUGUCUGUUUGUGUUCUGGCUGAAGUUUCUGGUUCUGGUGCUUGGUCCCUUUGGCCACUGCUCUCCCUCUCACCUUACAGGCACUUCUCUGUGUGGCCCUACUGUCCUGCUGCAGUGUGUGCAUGGUUUAGGAAGAGUCGAGGGUCAAAAUGGUCUUAGUUAUUCACCCAUAUACUCCUUUAUGAUUUCCUUUUAUCUCUCUCUCUCUAUUUUCUUUAA